AUGAGCUCCGACAAAGUCCAGAUGGCCGAGGCUGGCGACAAGGCUGAGGCUCCUCCUGCGGCCGUCUCUUUCUUUGAUCCUGCACUUAAAGCUGCUCGUCGCAGCGUGUUCUUCCAGUGGGGCCGGACAGUUUUACUGCUCUGUGUCUUCAUCCUUUGCAUUCUAUCCCUGUUCUGGGCCGUACAGUUUCAGGCGGAGUCCCGGUUUCCUGCUCUAACUGUUUGGGUCGUCGACUUUGAUGGCCAGCUGGAGCCCUACCGAAAUGAGACUCCGAUUGUGGGCCCUGCCGUGACUGACGUCGUGAACCAGAUACUUGACUCGAGCAGCGAGCAUCUAGGUUACACGAUCAAGUCUCCUGCAGAGUUCAAUAAUGACCCCUGGGCUGUGCGCCAGUCGGUGUACGACGAGCACGCUUAUGCAGCUGUUAUUGUCAACUCUAAUGCCACUGCUCUUCUUCGCAACGCUGUCACUAACGGAAACUCGUCCUACGACCCCUACGGUGCGGCGGAGUUCGUCAUGAUCAGUGCACGCGAUCCGACCACAUAUUACAACUACAUCAUCCCCUUUUUAUCCGAUCUAGACUUGGCCGUCCGGUCGUACUUCGGACCGCGCUGGAUACAGACCGUCGCGCAGGAAGGGUACAACAUCAGCAAAGUGCCACAGGCCAUCAACCCGGCAAUUGGAUUCACCUCCAUUGACCUUCGACCCUUCGCGCCCGCCGUCAUCACUCCUGCCGUGAGCAUCGGUCUCAUCUAUCUGAUCAUUCUUGCCUUCUUCAACACCCCGUUCAUGAUGCCCAUACACAUCCAAUUCAUCAAGGGCAACCAUCCUCCGCUGAAAAUCCCACAGUGGCUCCUGUGGCGCAUCCUGUCCAACAUUGGCACAUACUUCUGCCUAUCGCUCUUCUACUCCUUCGUGUCACUGGCCUUCCAGAUCCCAUUUACCAAUCCCUCCGCACCCGACACUCAGUCCGCCAACAACCCCAAUGCCUACGGCCAUGGGUCCUUUGUUGUUUACUGGAUGCUGAAUUGGGUGGGAAUGUGCGCUCUCGGUUUCCCAUGUGAGAACAUGGCUAUGAUCAUCGGUCUCCCUUGGAGUGCGCUCUUUCUCAUCUUCUGGGUGAUCACCAAUGUGGCCACUGGAUUCUAUGCUCUGGACCUGGCACCAGGUUUCUUCAGAUGGGGUUACGCCUGGCCUCUUCACAGAAGUAAGUUGUUCCCUCAUCUAUCCCAGUCAACCAAGCUAAUAUAUGGUAGUCGUCGAGGCACUCCGCACCAUUCUCUUCGAUACGCAUUCUCGCAUCGGGCUUGA